AUGUUUUCUGGGGCUUCGCUCGUAAAGACUAGUACAGGUAGAGUCACGAAUAAGGCUGUUUUUCAGUAUGCCUUCAUGAACGGCGGGAAAACUGCCGGCUUGAACCUGCAGCGUGGAUUUCAAGGAUGGGCCAAUGUGCCCAUGGGCCCUCCUGAUCCAAUUUUUGGUAUUUCAGAAACUUUUAAAAAAGAUAGUUUUCCCAAGAAAAUCAACUUGGGUGUCGGUGCCUACCGAGAUGACACGGGAAAGCCAUAUGUUUUGCCCAGCGUCCGCACCGCGGAAGCUGAAAUCUUGAAGCAAGACCUGGACAAGGAGUACUUGCCCAUGACGGGAGAUAACAGCUUCUGUGAGGAAGCUACACGCAUGGCUUAUGGUGAUGUUUACGAUAGCAUAAGCAAUCGUUUGGUUGCAGCCCAAUCCGUCAGCGGAACAGGUGCAUUGCUCCUUUCGUCUCGAUUUUUUUCGAAGUUUUAUCCAUCAAAAGACAUCUACAUCUCCAAUCCUACUUGGGGAAACCACAAAAAUGUGUUUAGCAAUGCAGGCUUAAAUAUCAAAGAGUAUCGUUACUACAACCCAAUUACAAAGGGACUCGACAUCGAAGGCAUGCUUAGUGAUUUGUCACAAGCUCCCAACAGCUCCAUUGUCCUUUUGCAUGCGUGUGCUCAUAAUCCUACUGGAGUGGAUCCCACACAUGCUCAAUGGAACGACAUUCUCCGAGUUGUUCGCGACAAGGGUCAUUUUGUAUUGUUGGACAUGGCUUACCAAGGUUUUGCCAGUGGUGACUUUGCACGCGACACCUAUGCCACCCAAUUGUUUGCCUCAAACAAUGUCCCAAUGUUUUUGUGCCAGUCUUUUGCCAAAAACAUGGGUCUUUAUGGCGAACGUGUAGGUUGCUUUAGUUCCUUGACCGCCUCUCCCGAAGAAGCUGCCAGAUUCGAAAGCCAACUGAAAAUCUUGGUUCGUGCUUCCUACUCCAACCCUCCCGUCCAUGGAGCCCGAAUCGCCAGAUUUAUUUUGAAGAACAACGACCUUCGUGCCCAAUGGGCUGGCGAAGUCAAGGGCAUGGCUAGCCGUAUUAUUUCUAUGCGCCAAGCCUUGCGCUCCAUUUUGGAAAAUGAUUUGAAAAGCAAACACGGCUGGAAGCAUAUUACCGACCAAAUUGGUAUGUUUUGCUACACCGGUUUAACGCCUGAGCAAGUCGCAACCUUGAGCAGGGACUAUCACAUUUACUUGACCAAGAAUGGUCGAAUCAGUAUUGCUGGCAUUAACACUUCCAACGUCCGUUACCUUGCUGAAGCAAUUCAUACCGUUACCUCUAAUUAA